AUGUAUAAGGUCAUAUUGUUCUUUCAAAUGCUAUCAGGAAGUGCAAUCUCCAUAGUACUGAACAAUAUUAGGCAGGAAGGCAAUCUUGUCCCUUGUCUUUUAAGGGUAGUCCUUUCUGGAUGGCUCCUGAGCUACGAACAACCAAGCAACGGGGAGAGUUUUGUGACUCUUGUUCAAAGGACAACUAGAGGACCAACUAUUAGAACGAAGCUUGAGGACUUUAGGGACGAAAGCUUGCAGACGUAUAUGAUUGCUGCUUUGACCAACAAGGACACGUGGACUACGAUCGUGGACGACUACUGA